AUGGUUGCCGUGAACGCGGAGAUAUUUUAUCCAGGCCCGGUUCCUGAUGCUAUCACACAGGCCUUUGCGCGCAAUACGGAAAAUGAGAGCAAAGGGCCUCUGAAUAAACGCCGCAAAACUUCAGGGACUCGCAGCCUGCGACAAAUAAAUGGCUCAUUAACUUCACAUGUCCCUAAUGGCUACAUUCCUCUUGCACGUUUUAAUCUACAGCUGGAAUUUUCUUAUACCAACUCCUCACUGGAUAGUUGGAGUGCCUUUGCGGGAGAUGGCGAUGGCGUGCCCGUCCUGCUGAAAGUCAGCAGGCCGCAUCCUACGGAGGGAGAACAGAUUACGAAUGACUAUGUGCUACUAGAGCUAGAGACGAUGCAGGAGCGGGAAACCAUUUUUAUCGACACCUGUACCGAUCCAGACAUCCUGGGGCUCGGGAAGCAUCUGGAGAUUGCCAGCGGGCUGCAGUGUGCGGACCGCUACCACUCUGCAAAACUCCCGACCGCCUGCUAUCAAUCUACUCUUCGCUGCCUUGGAGACCUCACGUCGUACCGCCUCGAAACAAUAAUCUUAUGGAAAGAGACACUCGAUAUUGUUGAUCGCCAUAAGUUGUCGGGCCCUGCUCUGGAGGCUUUUUCUGCCUACGCUCUUCAGGCCGAAGUCAACGGCAGCUCUCUGCUCAAGGAUCGGGGACGGAAUCGGAACACCUCGGGAGAGGAAUGGACUCCUCGUGAUUUCUACAACAAUGUCCACGUGCCUCCAGAUACACCCUCGCUUUCAGCACCAAUAAAAUGUGAUAUGGUACAGUGCGAGCUUUUCCCCUUCCAGCGACGAGCGGUUCGGUGGCUCUUGAAGAGAGAGGGCAAAGAGUUGAACGAGGAAGGGCAAUUGGUGCCUGUCCCAGCAGCCCCCGAGAACAAGCUGCCGGAGUCAUUCGUGCAAAUCACUGAUGCCGACGGGGAGACAUGUUUUGCGAGUCAUUUGUAUAUGAUUGUCACGAGAGACCUGUCUUCGUGGUGGGAUGUCAGUGACCAUUUGAAGGGCGGGAUACUGGCCGAGGAAAUGGGUCUAGGAAAGACAGUGGAGAUGAUCACUCUUAUGUGUCUCAAUCGCCGAGUGUUGCGCCCUGAGGAGACCUUUGCAGGAUUAGGAAGUGGAAGUCUGAGGCCAUCUGUCGCAACUCUGAUCAUCACGCCUCCGGUCAUUCUGGAGCAGUGGAAGCAGGAGAUUGAAUUGCAUGCUCCAAGACUCCAGGUUUUUCACUAUACCGGCAUCCACCGGCAUCAAACACUUUCUGACCGGGAGUUGAUUGAACUUAUGGCCGAUAAUGAUGUCGUCCUCACAACAUACAAUGUUCUUGCUCGGGAAAUCCAUUAUGCUGGCGACGCUCCGAAGCGGAAUCUUCGGCACGAGAAACGCUUCGAGGCUAGAAAAUCACCUCUGGUCAAGAUAUCGUGGUGGCGAGUAUGCCUGGACGAAGCUCAAAUGAUUGAGAGUGGUGUCAGCAAUGCAGCCAAGGUCGCCCGCCUCAUUCCUCGCCAGAUGGCCUGGGCCGUGACCGGAACGCCGCUUCGCAAAGACAUUACCGACCUCCUUGGGCUACUGCUCUUCCUUCAAUACGAGCCUUUUUGCGGAUUCAUUUGGAAGACGCUGUGUGCAGACUUCAAGCCCAUUCUGUCACGGAUUGUCAAUACGCUUACCCUCCGUCACAGCAAAGAUCUAAUUCGAAAGGAGCUUCACUUGCCACCGCAAAAGAGAGUCGUUAUCACUGUCCCCUUUACCGCGGUGGAAGAGCAACACUACAGACAGCUGUUUGAAGAGAUGUGUGAUGAAUGUGGCCUCGACACCACAGGAUCACCACGCAGCAAUGAGUGGGAUCCCAAUGAUCCCGGGGUGAUAGAGAAGAUGCGGAGCUGGCUGGUUCGGCUUCGACAAUCCUGUCUUUAUACAGCUGGAAAUCGUCGUAAAGGCUUCGCUACGAAUAAUGGCCCUUUGCGAUCGGUGAACGAGGUCCUCGAGGUGAUGAUUGAUCAAAAUGAUGCCCUCCUUCAUGCAGAGGAGCGCUCUCUUCUUCUUUCGCAACUUCGACGCGGUCAGUUACUGGAGAACGCCAAGCGUAAGAAAGAAGCUCUUGAUCUUUGGAGGACAUCUCUCGACCGUGCAAAUGUGAUUGUCCAACAAUGUCGGGAGAGGUUGCAACUGGAACAAAGCAAGCAACAGACCCCCGUUAUUAAUGGCGACUGGAAACGCGCAGGGUCAGCCAGUGAUGACGAGGGCGAAGAGACUGAGAAGAACCCACGGCUUAACGCUUUCCGUCAGAGACUCCGCGCUGCACUUGAGGUCCAACAUAUCUCUGUUUUCUUCACUGGUAAUGCCUAUUACCAGAUUAAGUCGGAUACGGAGCUGACCAAUCCUGACUCUGAGGAGUUUCAGGCAUUGGCCAAGUUGGAAGAAGAAGCUUAUGCGAGAGCUAAGUUGAUUCGUCAGGAGAUGCUUGCUGAAAUAUCUCGAAAAGCGAAGCGCUAUGUGAAGAAGAUCAAGGAGAAGUCUGCAAGGCAAGAGUUCGUGGCCAUUCCCGAAAUGAACCCUCGGUUGUACAGCAAGGGCCUUGAGUCUCGUCGUGUGCUCGAUCGGCUCGAGACGUUUUGCAACAUGAUGAACGAACAUGCCAUCCAGUAUAGCGAAUGGCGCCAGAAGAUGGUUGAACUUCUGUCUCAAUCUCUUAUUGAUCAAGAAGAUGACUCUGAGCUGGAAGGUGACGAAUAUGAGAAGUCCACGAAGCAUCAGGAUGAGAUGUACGUCUACAUGGAAGCACUACGUGCAAUGUUUGCCGAUCGCCACGACUCCUUAACCGGACAGAAGAAUGUGCUUAUCGCGCAUGAAGUAAAAAUGGCGACAGCACAGGCGCAGAAAGGCGAGGGCCCUUCUCCGCCCUUGUAUCUCGAAGUCAUGGAAAAGCGAAGUCGGUUGAAACCUGGUCCUGAUCUGGGAUCGCUUCGUGGUGUUAUCACUGAGCUUCGAAGUCUCGGGACAUCUCUUGAAUGGCAGGCAAAUGAAGGAAGUUCUCGAGCUCGCUCAGAGCUCGAGGUACUCACGAUGGUACUCCAGAACGUUGUUCAAAUAUCUACCGAGCAAACAAAGACUGCGUCCAAUAUAGAGAAGGAAGUUGAGAUGUUCCGUGAUACCAUGAAUCAUCGUUUGGAAUACUACCGGCAGCUGCAGCAGAUCUCAGAUACUGUCGCGCCGUAUGAUGAAGAGAGCGCUGGGAAGCCCCUCGAUCACGAGCUCUUCAACUCGAAGCUUGAGCAGGAAGAAGCUUUUGAUGAGAAAAUCUCUUCCUUGAGGGCGAAAGGGCGCUACCUCAUUCACUUGCGCGACGAGUCAGGAGCGGACGAGACGUCUAAAAUAUGCAUCAUAUGUCAAACAGGGUUUGAGAUAGGUGUAUUGACGGUUUGCGGACAUAAAUACUGCAAAGACUGCCUACGUUUGUGGUGGCGCCAACAUCGCACCUGUCCAGUCUGCAAAAUGCGCUUGAAGGCGAACGACUUCCAUCAGAUCACGUAUAAGCCCCAGGAGUUUGUCGUCCAGGAAGAAAAGUCUUCACAAAGCCUCGAUCUCGGACGUCAGUCGCAUAACUCUAUUUACACAGAUAUCGGUUCGGGGACUCUACAUGAAAUCAAGAAUAUCGAUCUCAAGGAUUCAUUCGGGACGAAGAUUGAUACCCUUGCGCGCCAUAUUCUGUGGCUUCGUGAGCACGACCCUGGUGCUCAGUCUAUAGUGUUCUCCCAGUACAAGAGCUUUCUCGAGUAUCUCGCCAAUGCUUUUAAGCGUUUCAAGAUCGGAUACAGUAGCGUUGAUGAACCUGACGGUAUAUCGAGGUUCAAGGGCGAUCCGGGGAUCGAGUGUUUUCUCCUCCAUGCAAAGGCACAUUCAUCUGGCCUUAAUCUCAUCAACGCGACCCACGUCUUCCUGUGCGAGCCGCUCAUCAAUACAGCGAUCGAGCUCCAGGCUAUAGCACGAGUGCACCGUAUAGGACAGCAUCGGCCGACGACCGUCUGGAUGUACCUGGUUUCUGACACGGUUGAGCAAUCAAUCUACGACAUCUCGGUAUCUCGCCGCCUGGACCACAUCUUGGAGAAAGAGAGAGAGAAAAGGGACACUGAUUUACCAAAAUCAAACGGGCUGAAUGGAAACGGUACAAACGGAGCAGGGGUCGAAGAUCUAAGCGAAGUGGCCAUCGACUCGGCAAACUCUCUAGAAAUGCAAGACGCCCCGUUGGCGAAGCUGAUGGAGGGUGGUGCGUUCGGUGGCGAACUAGUCAAGAAGGACGAUUUGUGGAAGUGUCUCUUUGGCAAUCCAAUGCAACAGCAGGCGAAAACCGAUUCGCUGGACGCUGGGAGUGAUGUGGCAAGGUUCUUGAGAGCAGAAGCUGCUGAACAGAGAAGAAUAAAUGGACAGGCAUGA